AUGGAGCCCACGGUUGGUGAAUCACAGCUCGUACCCCGGGCAGCAAAGGACGUGCCCACUCGGGACGCCGUGUGCUGCCGUGUCGCCCUCUGUGCUGCGGUGGCCGCCAGCAUCGUCAUCGUCACACUGGCGGUCCUUGUGGCCUCCCUCUCCAUACAGGGCGUCGAUGUGGAGCACACGGCUGAGCUGCGGGGGAUCCGGUACUCCCGCAGCCUGCAGCAGGAAGCCUCGGACUACUACCGCAUGCUGACACCCACCCUAGAGAUGCUGCUACACUUCCUGCUGUUGGCCCUGCGGUCGCUGGACCUGGGCCUGGAGCGGGAGCUUCUGCAGCAGGGGCUCCGAGCGAGGCUGCAAGGCCACGGCAUCCCCCUGGCCGCCCACGGCACCCUUGUGUCUGCCAUGCUCACAGGCAACCAGAGGGGGCCAUUGACAGAACGGGACUUGAAAUCAGGUCGCUGUCCAGAAAGCGCCUUCUCCUGCGGGAAUGGCCAGUGUGUGACCACGGUGAACCCGGAGUGUGAUGACAAGGUGGACUGCUCCGACGGCUCCGACGAGGCCCGCUGUGACUGCGGUUCCCGGCCCGGCUGGAGGACGGCGGGCAGGAUCGUGGGUGGCGUGGCAGCAUCUCUCGGCGAGUUCCCUUGGCAAGUCAGCCUCCGGGAAAACGGCGAGCACUUCUGCGGGGCGGCGGUGCUGGGGCCCGGCUGGCUGGUGUCCGCCGCCCACUUGGUCAAGCCAGAGAUGCUGCAGAAGGCCACUGUGGAGCUGCUGGACCAGGCGCUGUGCGCCAGCCUGUACGGCCACUCGCUCACGGACCGGAUGAUGUGUGCCGGCUACCUGGGCGGCAAGGUGGAUUCCUGCCAGGGUGACUCGGGAGGCCCCCUGGUCUGCGAGGAGCCGUCGGGCAGGUUUUUCCUGGCCGGCAUCGUCAGCUGGGGCAUUGGCUGUGCGGAAGCCCGGCGGCCGGGGGUCUACGCCCGGGUGACCAAGUUGCGGGACUGGAUCCUCGAGGCAAUCGCCACGGCAAGCAAGCCUCUGUCCCCCACGGUGGUGCCUGGCCCCGCCACCCCCAGCACCGCCGGGCCCACCAGCCCUGAGAGCCAGGUGGUGGGCACCCCCACCCAAGCCUCGCUGGCCCCCAGCUCCGCACCUGUUGAUUCAGCGACCACCUCUAAGCCGCCAGAGUGCGGGGCCAGGCCGGCACUGGAGAAGCCCGCCCGCAUCGUGGGCGGGUUCGGGGCGGCUGCGGGGGAGGUGCCCUGGCAGGCCAGCCUGAAGGAAGGCUCGCGGCACUUCUGCGGGGCCACCGUGGUGGGGGACCGCUGGCUGCUCUCGGCUGCCCACUGCUUCAACCACACGAAGGUGGAGCUGGUGCGGGCCCACCUGGGCACCGUGUCCCUCUCGGGCGUUGGCGGGAGCCCGGUGAAAAUGGGGCUCAAGCGGGCAGUGCUGCACCCCCAGUACAAUGCCGGCAUCCUGGACUUCGACGCGGCUGUCCUGGAGCUGGCCCGGCCCCUGGUCUUCGGCAAGUAUGUCCAGCCCAUCUGCCUGCCCUUGGCCACCCAGAAGUUCCCCGCGGGCCGCAAGUGCAUGAUCUCCGGGUGGGGCAGCACGCAGGAGGGAAACGCGACGAAGCCAGACGCUCUCCAGCGGGCGUCUGUGGGCAUCAUAGACCAGAAGGCAUGCAGCGCCCUCUACAACUUCUCCCUCACGGACCGGAUGCUCUGCGCCGGCUUCUUGGAGGGCCAGGUGGACUCCUGCCAGGGCGAUUCCGGGGGACCGCUGGCCUGCGAGGAGACCCCUGGUGUGUUUUACCUGGCGGGGAUCGUCAGCUGGGGGAUCGGCUGUGCUCAGGCCAAGAGACCCGGCGUGUACGUUCGAAUCGCCAGGCUGAAGGGCUGGAUCCUGGACACCAUGUCCUCCCACCCCCUCCCCACACCUGUCCCGUCCACCACGAGGACACCUGCCACCACCAGCCAUGCCACCAGCACGACAGCUGGCCUCACAAUCCCGGGGGUCUCGGCCAGCAGGCCCGCCCUCUGGGCCACCAGCAGAGCAACGAGUCCACCUGCCACCAGGCCUGCCACCGCCAUGAGCACCACUGCUAGGGGGCAGACGCCACCUCCAAAGUCCCCGUGGACCACCAUGGGCUCCCAGCCACCAGGUACUGGGAGGAAUGGAGUCACACCUGCGGGCGGCAGGGGUCCCGAGUCAGUAGGCGAGGGCUGCUGUCAACGUCCCGCAUCACCUUCUGAGGUGCUGGAGUCAGGGCUGCGACUUAUGGACUUUGGGGGACAGGGCUGGGGCACGAGCGCCGCGGGGGGCGGGGAGUGGCCGUGGCAGGUGAGCCUGUGGCUGCAGCGCCGGGAGCACCGCUGCGGGGCCGUGCUGGUGGCCGAGAAGUGGCUGCUGUCUGCGGCGCACUGCUUCGACGUCUACGGGGACCCCAAGCAGUGGGCGGCCUUCCUGGGUACGCCGUUCCUGAGCGGCGCCGACGGGCGGCUGGAGCGCGUGGCGCGCAUCUACAAGCACCCCUUCUACAACCUCUACACGCUCGACUACGACGUGGCGCUGCUCGAGCUGGCGACGCCCGUGCGCCGCAGCCGCUUAGUGCGGCCCAUCUGCCUGCCCGACCCCGCACCCAGGCCUCGCGACGGCACGCGCUGCGUCAUCACCGGCUGGGGCUCGGUGCGCGAGGGAGGUAGGCGGCGGCCCGCACCCUCAGGAGUGAGGGGUCUGCGGAGUCGGGUGGUCCGCCUCCUGGGCGAGCAGGCCUGCCGCCGCUACUACCCGGUGCAGAUCAGCAGCCGCAUGCUGUGCGCCGGCUCCCCGCACGGCGGCGUGGACAGCUGCUCGGGUGACGCCGGGGGACCCCUGGCAUGCCGGGAGCCAUCUGGUCGGUGGGUGCUAACCGGGGUCACCAGCUGGGGCUACGGCUGCGGGCGGCCCCACUUCCCGGGCGUCUACACCCGGGUGGCAGCUGUGAGAGGUUGGAUCGGGCAGAACAUCCAGGAGUGACUGCACAGUGGCUGCCCAGGCCU